CCAUGUGAUAAGGUCAUGUUCCAAAUUCAAUAGACUUAUUGGAUUAGAAAUUUUCGUGUGGCAAUUAAGCCUCAGCGAGCAGUGGAGACGAGAUCUGUUGGCUUGGCUGGCAUUGGGUUGCAUCCAGGAUUCGGAAAGUAAGAGUUUAGAAUUUGAACUCUGUUUUCCGGUGCACAUGAGAGUGAAGGGCAGAUCUCUGUGAUAUAGGCAAAAAAAUGGAGUACAGGAAAAUCAAAGACGAGGAUGAAGUUAGGGACGGGGCCCUUGAAGACGUUGAAAAAUCAUUUUUGCUUUCAGUGCCAGAUAGCAGUUUGAGUUCCGGGGGAGAAACCAGGAUUGACAUCCACAGGACCAAGGCAAAGUGGAAGCGCAAGUCCGUUGUUACACUUGCACUGACUAUUCUUACUAGUUCACAAGCCAUUCUAAUAGUUUGGUCCAAGAGAGCUGGAAAGUAUGAGUACAGUGUCACUACUGCUAACUUUAUGGUUGAGACUUUAAAAUGUGCUAUAUCCCUGGUGGCCCUGGGAAGAAUAUGGAAAAAAGAUGGUGUCAAUGAGGACAAUAGGUUGACUACGACCCUCGAUGAAGUUAUAGUGUAUCCUAUACCAGCCGUACUUUAUCUUGUCAAAAAUUUGCUUCAGUAUUACAUCUUUGCAUAUGUAGAUGCUCCAGGCUAUCAAAUAUUAAAGAACUUAAAUAUUAUCAGUACAGGUGUUCUAUACAGAAUUAUACUUAAGAAGAGGUUAAGUGAAAUUCAGUGGGCUGCUUUUGUUCUACUCACUGCUGGGUGCACUACUGCUCAGUUGAAUUCAAAUUCUGAUCGUGUUCUUCAAACUCCAUUUCAAGGUUGGGCGAUGGCAAUCGUCAUGGCUCUCUUGAGUGGUUUUGCAGGAGUAUACACUGAGGCUAUUAUUAAAAAGCGUCCUUCACGGAACAUAAAUGUUCAGAACUUCUGGUUGUAUAUCUUUGGCAUGUGCUUCAAUUUGGUUGCAAUGUUGGUUCAAGACUUUGAUGCGGUGAUGAACAAGGGAUUCUUCCAUGGAUAUUCAUUCAUUACAGUUCUCAUGAUUUUCAACCAUGCACUCAGUGGAAUUGCUGUAUCAAUGGUAAUGAAGUAUGCUGACAACAUUGUCAAAGUGUAUUCUACUUCAGUUGCAAUGCUUCUUACAGCAGUUGUUUCUGUGUUCCUUUUUGGCUUCCAGCUCUCCCUUGCUUUCUUCCUGGGCACAGUUGUUGUCUCUGUUGCAAUUUAUCUGCACUCUGUUGGGAAGAUGCAAAGAUAACCGUGACUUCCGCCUCUGGAUUAUUUUAUUCGUUGUUGUUCAGCCUCGAGCAAGUGAAUUCAUGUUGAACCUAUUAGUUCGUUGUAACAGUGUAUACAAUGAAAUAUUUAUUUUCAUAUGUAUCUCAACGCGGAAGUGACCAGGCUUAGUUUC